AUGACAGUCGAUACAGCACCUCAAAGUCAUUAUCAAGAGACAAAGGUCUCGGAGAUCCCAAUUGUGAUACUAAAAUCAUCCGCCACCGACGAUGUCGCCGCCCACGAGGCCAUAGAGGCUUUAAAAGUGGCGGGGGUGUGCAUUGUGCGAAAUCUGCUCGACCGGAGUACCGUCGAUAAGGUUCGCCAGGAACUCCAGCCAUACGAUAAGCAAGCGGAUUCAUUCGAGGGCUUUCCCAAGAACUACUGCCAAGUGGCCGGCUUGCUCAGCAAGUCGCCGACCUAUGCCCACUCUAUUGUUGGAAAUAAGCUUUUCACCGCGGUUCGCAACUACUUCCUGACUUCUACGUACGAAUGCUGGGCUGAGAAAGGCACCUGGAUGAGCGUAAAAAGUCCCCCUCAGUUGGACUCAACCCUAGCCCUCUAUGUGAAUCCCGGAUCUGGCGACCAAGGUCUCCACCGGGACGAUGCCACGCAGCAGAACUGGAACAGCGGCGCCAGCGAAUACAGUCUCGGUCGCGACAGCGGCUGUGCGAUGAUGGUCGCGCUGACCGAGUGCGCCCGCGAAGACGGCACCACACGCUUCAUCCCGGGCAGUCACCUCUGGGACUACCAGUACGAUCACCCGAGCAAUGACGACCCGCGCAUCCGGUAUGCGGAGAUGCGCCCAGGGGACGCCUACCUGAUGCUGAGCAGUGUUAUACACGCCGGCAGCGUCAACUACUCGACCGACCGUCGGCGCGUCCUCGCGGCCGUGUUUGCGGCGCGAAGUCAUCUUCGCCAGGUGGAGAAUCAGUACCUAACAUAUGAUAUUGAGACAGUGCGGACAUUCCCGACAUGGCUGCAACGCUUUAUGGGGUAUAGCCUUUCAAAGCUGUUUCAGGGUUGGGUCGACAAGAAGGACCCCCUGCUAGUGGUAGACCCGAAUGCGCAACCGGAGGGCGAGGACGAUGGUGGUAUGAAGCCAAAUGAAGGAGAGCAUGUAGUUGAAGCGCAGAUAUAA